AUGCCCACUGGCGUCCCCAUCCUCAUCCUGUCAUUAUCUGCAAGCAACAAUAUUCCCAACCCCUCUACACAGCAACGAUAUCCGAGCCAGCCGGUUGUAUGCGCUAGAAGGGGAAUCCUGCAUCAACAAGCUGCCGGCCGGUUGCAGGUGAGAGAUAUGGGCGAUCGGCGGCUUUUGUAUGGAGUCCUGAUUCGGAACCCAUUGCACAAUGGGCGGGGGCUGGAACCCAUUCUCGAGUUGCCUCUCUUUCUGCUUCCGGCUUCGGUGUCUUUUAAUGAGGAGGACCACGACGACCGAGAAGACCAGGAGAAGCACGAUGGGAAUGAGGAUCGCUUUGAGCAGAACCUUUAA